AUGCUCUCCCCCCGCGCCGCAAAAACCGCCUCGGCCCUCCACCGGCCGUGGCGCUUCGCCCCCGUCCAGACCUACUCGGCCUCCUCCAACCCCUCGGGCCUCAUCUCGUUCGGCAGCGCGAGCAACGCCCUGAUGCAACCUGCCGUCGCGGACUUCGCCGCCACGGUCCCCCUCACGCCCGAUGUGUUCGGGUACAGCUACAGCACCGCCGGCGGCGCCCGUCUCCGCGCCGCGAUGGCGGGGCAUUUGAAUGCCACGUUCAGUCCCUAUGCGCCGCUUGAGGUGGAGCAUGUGAGGGUCGCGGCGGGGGCGACGGCCGUGCAGUGUAUUCUCGCGUUUGCGCUUGCGUCGCCUGGUGAGGGGGUGUUGGUGCCGAGGCCGGUGUAUGGGCGGUUCGAGCUCGAUUUCAGGAACGAGAUGGGCGUGGAGGUUGUGUAUGCCGAUACCACGCCCGAGACGUGUUUCCUGCCGGAUGUGGUGGUUGAGGAGAUGGAGGCUGCGGUGCGGAGGGAGAUGGGGAGGGGGUUGAGGGUGAGGGCGGUGAUGAUUGUGAAUCCUAGUAAUCCGCUGGGACGGUGUUACCCCCGCGAGACGCUUGUGGCGAUUUUGCGGUUUUGUGGAAGGCAUAAGAUUCAUCUUGUUAGUGACGAGGUGUAUGGGCUUUCCGUGUUCAGGUCUUGCGAGGAGAUGCCCGGGUUCACGUCGGUGCUGUCUAUUGAUCCGGCGGGCAUCAUCGAUCCGGACUUGGUGCACGUGGAGUACGGCCUGGCCAAGGACUUUGCGUCGUCGGGAUUGCGGCUAGGCGCGCUGGUGUCGAGGAACGCGGCGCUGCAGGAGGCGUUUUCGAGCGUGGUGAGGUUUCAUAGUCCCGCUGGACCGUCUGUCGCGAUUGCGGCUGCCAUGUUUGAGGAUCGGGUGUGGCAUGAUGAGUUUAUUGCCAGUUCGAGGCGGGCUAUCGCGGGCGCGUAUGAAUUUGUGACGGGGAGGUUGCGGGAGAUGGGGGUUGGAUACGUGGAGGCGAACGCUGGGUUGUUUGUGUAUAUUGACUUGUCGCCGUGGUUGCCGCCGCCGGAGGAGGAGGAGGAGGAGGGAGAGUACGAGUCGGAUCGUGAGAGGGAGUUUGCGUUGGCGGAGAGGUUUGUUGAGAGGGGUGUAUUUUUGCACCCGGGAGAGGAGCAUUGUCUUGCGCCGGGGUGGUUUCGGUUGGUGUAUACACAAGAGGAGCACAUCGUGGCCGAGGGGUUGAGAAGGUGA